UCUUCUGAUCCAGCUCUCUGCUAAUGUGCCUGGGAAAGCAGUAGAAGAUGGCCCAAGUCCUUGGGCCGCUGUGCCUGCAUGGGAGACCUGGAAGAAACUCCUGGCUCCUGUCUUCAGAUUGGGAUAGUUGUUGCUGCCAACUAGGGAGUGAACCAGUGGAUGGAAGACCUCUCUCUCUCUCUGCCUCUCCUUCUCUGUCUCUCUCUGUAACUCUGACUUUCAAAUAAAUAUAUAAAUCUUAAAUUAAUUCACUUACAUAUUUGAAAGCAGAGUGAUGGAGAUAGAGACAGAGAUAGAGAUAGAUCUCCCAUCUGCUGGUUUUCUCCCCAAUAGGCCUCUAAAGUUGUGCUGGUGGUGACCAAUCAGGAUCCUGGAACUUUAUCCAGCUCACCCACAUGGAUGACAGGGACCCAAGUACUUAGGCCACCAUUUGUUGUCUUCCCAGUUACAUUAACAGGUAGUGGAACCACCAGAGUAUCCUCAAGGAUUGGAAUUGUUGCUGCUAUAUGAGAUGUUGGUUUGGCAAACAGCAGCCUAGCCCACUGGGCCACACUGCUUGUCCCCUCCCCCUUACCCCAGUUGACUUUUUUUUUUUUUUUUAAGAUUUAUGUAUUUAUUUGAAAGGCACAGCUACAGAGAGGUGGAGGCAGAGAGAGAGAGAGAGGUCUUCCAUCUGCUGGUUCACUCGCCAAAUCACCGCAACACCUGGAGCUGCACUGAUCCAAAUCCAGGAGCCAGGAGCUUCCUCCAGGUCUCUCACACAGGUGCAGGGGCCCAAGGACUUGGGCCAUCUUCUGCUGGUUUCCCAGGCCAUAGCAGAGAGCUGGAUCAGAAGUGGAGCAGCUGGGACUGGAACUGGUGUCCAUAUGCGAUGCUGGAUCUGCACACAGCGGCUUUACCCACUACGCCACAGUGCCAGUCCCAAGAUAUGUUUCCAUUCACUGGUUUGUUCCUCAAAUUACCAGAACAGUCAUGGCUGAGCCAGGGUAAAACUAGGAAGAAGGAAUGACAUCUGAGUCUCCCACAUGAGUGACAGGGGCCCAAGUUCUUGAGCCAUCUCCUGCUGCCUUCCCAGGUACCUUAGCAGGGAGCUGGAUCAGAAGUGGAGUAGCUGGGAUUCAAGCCUGUGUCUCAUUAUGGGAUGCUGGCCUUGCAAGCAGUGGCUUCACCUGCUGUGCCACAAUACCAGCUCCAAGGUUGUGCCAGUUUUUCUAAAUUCUGCCCCCCCUCCAUUAAGAGAGACUGGACCUGGCCAGCAAGGGAGGCUCGGGUAUGGUGACCAGGGUGCCCACAGCUCCUGAUGGGCCUGGGUUAUCUUAGGCUCUUGUCUGAAAAGGCUCGAGUCCCAAAUUGCAGUCAAAGAAAGAGGCCAGCAGGGGGAGCCCCAGGGCCAGCUGCCACCCUGCAUGGGGCCCUGAAGCCGGGCUAUGGGCCAAGACCUCUUUGUAAGUGGGGGUGGCCAAGUGGGAGGAAGGAAGCCCCUAAGGCUGGGUAGGGAAGCCUGAGGAGGGUGCCCUGGUCCUGCUUUUACUCAGGCCUGGAGCGUGGUUGCUGGAUGGCCCUUUCCCCGAUUUUUCCAAGUCACUGCUUUGAUUGGAAUGUUGGUGAAUCUACAACAUGAGAGGACACAGCUGCUGUGGAGUGAAUGGGAUUUGGCUUCUGGGCUCAUGCAGAUUUUUUUUUUUUUUAGAUUUAUUUUAUUUGAAAGACAGAGUUACAGAGAGAAGUAGAGAAAGAGGUCUUCCAUCUGCUGGUACACUCCCCAAAUGGCUGCAAUGGCCAUAGCUGAGCUGAUCCGAAGCCAGGAGCCAGGAGCUUCUUCCAGGUCUCCCACGCGGGUGCAGGGGUCCAAGGACUUGGGCCAUCUUCUACUGCUUUCCCAGGCCAUAGCAGAGAGCAGGAUCAGAAGUGGAGCAGCUGGGACUUACAGGCAACACUGGCCCCUCAUCUAGCUUUUCUAACCCUAAGUCAUAGACUUAGGGUACUGACAGGGUGGGAACUUCAUUUAGUUAUGGUGUUUAGGAAGUGCACCUUGGGGUGGAAGACUGAACUCCUCCACCCCACAUGCACCUCCCUGCUAAUGCCCCUGGCAAAGCAGUGGCAAGAUGGCCCAAGUGCUUAGACCCCUGCUGCCUAUGUGGGAAACUCAGCUGGAGUUCCAAGCUCUUGGCUGUGGCAGGUUCCUUGGCUAGUGCCAGGCUGAUUCACAGGGAAGGUAAAAGGCGGCACCCUAGGGGGUGCCCCACCCAAGUUGUAUUCCUAGGCUGGCAGGGAUGGUUCCUUAGAUCCGGUCAACCACAAAUCUCUCUCUCUCUUUAAAAAAAAUUUGUCUUUAAUUGAGAGGAUGUAUUACAGAGAGGCAGAAGCAGAAAGAGAGAGAGACUUCCACCCACUAAGCAAUCUGGGAUUUGGUUUUCUUAGUACAAAGAUGAGGCUCUGGCUGCCCUGGUGGGAGCUGAGGCUCUGCGAGGAAACUUCGUUUCCCCAGCGGGCGGAACCGCUCCUCAUCAAGCCCAGCUCGGUCCCUCCAGGGUCUCCCCUAAAUAGGACACCCUGGAAUUCCCCCCGUGCACCCUCCAUCCUCUAGGAAAAUCUAGAAGCUGCAGGAAAAGCUGAGGCCCCUACCCUCAGGGGGCAGAGUCAUUCCCGUGCCCCACGGAGUGGCGAGCGGCUAAGGGCGCCCCUGGGCCGUCCAGCACCCCGAAGGCAGUACCUGUCGCGCGCUUGGCUGGGUUCUGGGACCGCGAGGACUCAGCGCCAGCCUCAGUCCUGGGCGGCGCCAGUGCAAGUUGGCCUCGCCCCUCCGGCGCCGAUUGGUCAGGAUGCGUUCUGGGGGCGGAGCCUUCGCGCCAACCCCCCACCCACUGCACGGCCGGACCCGGGAACCCUCCUGAGGCAGCGCCGGCGGCUGAGGCGGCGGCGGCGGUGACAGCGGAGCCAUGACCGCCCUCGGUCGUGCUUCGGGGGUCUGCGCCGGCGGCUGGGGGGACUCGGGGCGCGCCAUGCGGGGACCGCCCCCGCCUCUGCCCGUCCUAUUUGUGGUGUUGGUGGCGGCGCCCGGCACUCGCGCCGCGGGAUACGAGACAUGCCCCACGGUGCAGCCAGACAUGCUGAACGUUCACCUGCUGCCCCACACACAUGAUGACGUGGGCUGGAUCAAGACAGUGGACCAGUACUACUAUGGGGGUAAGCACUCGGUGGGCGUGGCCCCAGACACCCAUCCUGGGCUUCCAACCCCUUCUAAUUCCUGGACAGCACGGUGGGGGCAAUGCCUGGCCUGGGCUCCUUUGUGGAGGAGGGUCUCCCUGGCUCUCCUGGUCCCUGAGUGCCCAACCCCUGUGUCCACAGUUCGGAAUGUGCUCCACCACGGGGCCGUGAAGAACAUCCUGGACUCGGUCAUUUCCGCCCUGCGGGCAGAGCCCAGCCGCAGGUUCGUCUACGUGGAGAUGGCCUUCUUCUCCCGUUGGUGGCACCAGCAGACGAACGCAACCCAGCAAGCCGUGCGGGAGCUGGUGCGCCAGGGGCGCCUGGAGUUUGCCAACGGUGGCUGGGUGAUGAACGACGAGGCGGCCACCCACUAUGGCGCCAUCGUGGACCAGAUGACGCUGGGGCUGCGCUUCCUGCAGGACACGUUCGGCGACGACGGGCGCCCCCGUGUGGCCUGGCACAUCGACCCCUUUGGGCACUCUCGGGAACAGGCUUCGCUCUUUGCGCAGAUGGGCUUUGAUGGCAUCUUCUUGGGGCGUGUGGAUUAUCAAGAUAAAGAGAUGCGGAAGAAGAAGCGGGAGAUGGAGAUGGUGUGGCGGGCCAGCACCAGCCUGCAGCCCCCAACCGCCGAUCUCUUCACAGGUGUGCUCCCCAAUGUUUAUCAUCCGCCAAAGGAUCUGUGCUGGGAUCUCCUGUGUCACGACAACCAUGUGGUGGAUGACCCUGCUGACCCUGGAUACAAUGACAAGGAAUUGGCUCAUUACUUCCUGGAUGUGGCCACUUACCAGCGCCAAUCCUACCGCACCAACCAUACUGUGAUGACCAUGGGUGAUGACUUCCAUUAUGAGAACGCCAACAUGUGGUUCAGUAACCUUGACAAGCUCAUCCGGCUGGUCAACGCAGAGCAGGCAAAUGGGAGCUGCGUCCACGUGCUCUACUCCACCCCCGCCUGUUACCUCUGGGAGCUGAACAAGGCCAACCUCAGCUGGUCGCUGAAGGAGGACGACUUCUUCCCGUACGCCGAUGGCCCCCACCAGUUCUGGACCGGCUACUUCUCCAGCCGGCCGGCCCUCAAGCGCUAUGAGCGCGUCAGCUACAACUUCCUGCAGGUGUGCAAGCAGCUGGAGGCGCUGGCGGGCCCGGCGGCCAACGUGGGCCCCUAUGGGUCGGGAGACAGCGCUCCCCUAGAGGAGGCCAUGGCUGUGCUGCAGCACCACGACGCCAUCACGGGCACCUCCCGCCAGCUCGUGGCUGACGACUUCGCCCGCCGGCUGGCUGCCGGCUGGGGGCGCUGCGAGGUUCUCCUGAGCAACGCCCUGGCGCGGCUCAGCGGCUCCCAGGAGGCUUUCUCCAUCUGCCCGGAGCUCAACAUCAGCGUCUGCCCGCUCAGCCAGACGUCAGCGCGCUUCCAGGUCGCCAUUUACAACCCCCUGGCCCGGAAGGUGGACCGCAUGGUGCGGCUGCCGGUCAGUGAAGGCGCUUUCCUCGUGAAGGACCCCAGUGGCCACGCUGUGUCCAGCGAUGUGCUGCUGCUUCCCCAACCAGAGGGACAGAAGCCCAGCCCAGAGCUGCUGUUCUCCGCCUCGGUGCCGGCCCUAGGCUUCAGCAUCUACUCCGUAGCCCGAGUCUCUCUCCAGAAUCCCAAGGCCCACAGCCCCAAACGCAUCCCCCAGAAGUCCAGGACUGGUGUCUUGGUUAUCCAAAACGAGUACAUCCGGGCUACGUUCAGCACCAAGACAGGUUUCUUGAUGCAGAUUGAAGACAUGGAGCAGAAACUCGUGCUCCCUGUGAGCCAGUCAUUUUUCUGGUAUAGUGCUGGCACAUGGGACUUGAAAAACAUUGAUGUCUUUGGUGUCUCUGGUGCCUACAUCUUUAGACCCAGCCAACCGGAACCAUCCCCAGUGAGCAGCUGGGCUAAGAUCCACCUGCUGAAGACGCCCUUGGUGCAGGAGGUGCACCAGAACUUCUCAGCCUGGUGUUCCCAGGUGGUUCGCCUGUACCGCGGACAGCGCCACCUGGAGCUGGAGUGGACGGUGGGGCCGAUACCUCUGCAUGACAGUUUGGGGAAGGAAGUGAUCAGUCGCUUCGACACACCGCUGGACACCAAGGGCUACUUCUACACGGACAGCAAUGGCCGGGAGAUCCUAAAGAGGAGGAGGAAUUACCGGCACACCUGGAACUUGAACCAGACAGAGCCUGUGGCGGGGAACUACUAUCCAGUCAACACUCGAAUUUACAUCACGGACAGGAAGAAGCAGCUGACGGUGUUGACAGACCGCUGCCAGGGGGGCAGCAGCCUGCAGGACGGCUCCCUGGAGCUCAUGGUGCACCGCAGGCUGCUGCUGGAUGAUAAGCAAGGUCUGGGGGAGCCGCUGCUGGAGGAGGGCUCGGGGUCGUGGGUGCGAGGGCGCCACCUCGUGCUGCUGGACAUGGUGGGCAAGGCGGCCAUGGGGCACCGGCUACUGGCACAGAAGGAGGUCCUGGCCCCACAAGUGGUGUUGGCUCCAGAUACAGGCACCCCCUACCACCCAGGAGCCACCCAACGCACACAGUUCUCAGGGCUGCGCCGGGAGCUCCCGCCCUCCGUGCACCUGCUCACCCUGGCCCGCUGGGGCCCAGAGACACUGCUGCUGCGCUUGGAGCACCAGUUCGCCAGCAGGGAGGACUCGGGCCGCAACUUGAGCUCCCCCGUGACCUUGAAUUUGCUGGACCUGUUCUCUACCUUCACCAUCACCCGCCUGCAGGAGACCACGCUGGCGGCCAACCAGCCCCGGGCCAGCGCCUCCAGGCUCAAAUGGACACCAAACUCUGGCCCCAUCAGGAAUCUCCCUGUGCACCGUCCUGACCCGGCUGCCAUCACUCUGCAGCCCAUGGAGAUCCGCACUUUUGUGGCCAUGGUUGAAUGGAAAAGCAUGCCGGGGCCCUCGGGGACACCGCCCUCCAAGCCUGAACUCUUCCCUCUUCUCUUUGCCACUGGGGCUUCUGCUGCCACCCACUAACAUGAUUAAAAUGGCAUCACCAAGAGUCGGGUCUCCGUUGGCCUGGUUGUGGCACCUUUUGGAGGGAAGUAGAAUCUAUAAUCUAGAAUGGUCAUCAAACAUAGCUGAGGUAUUUUUACUUUUUAGUUUUUUUUUUUAAGAUUCAUUUAUUUAAAAGGCAAAGUGACAGCAAGCAAGAACAAGAGAGAAGAGGAAGAAGAGAGAGAAGU